AUGGUCGACAUGGAUACAUACAGGUCGACUCAGAAUAUUGGUGAUGACACGUUAGAAGAUGGCGAGUUCCUGGAUGAUGUCCUUGAGAGCGACGAAAUUCCACAAGGCUCACUUGCACUUUUGCUUCCGUCAACCAUUAUUGGAUAUGGUUUUCACAACAGGAAGUGGGAUACCCUCCUGGUUGAUCACAUUCGGGACAUCGAAUGGAACAGUGGAGUCUUCGAAAACCAGCUGGUUCUCACAGAAGCAAAGAAAGAGCUGAUCAAAGCUCUUGUUACCGUCCACAUCGAUGAUAGCCGUACCACUAAAGCAGACUUCAUGGACGGGAAAGGCGAAGGGCUGGUUAUUCUGUUACACGGAGGGCCAGGCACCGGUAAGACGCUGACCGCUGAGAGCAUUGCAGAACUCGUCAAGCGUCCGCUCUUCAGAUUAUCAUGCGGCGAUCUCGGUACCGAUGCUCAAAGUGUUGAGAAGAACUUGAAAUCCGCCCUGGCCUUUGGAAGUCACUGGGACUGCAUAGGUCUUCUGGACGAGGCUGAGGUAUUUGUCGAAGAGAGAGCAAAGAACAGUCUCCAGCGCAACGCGCUAGUCUCCGUGUUUUUGCGCCUCUUGGAGACUUACGAUGGCAUUUUGAUCUUGACAACAAAUCGUGUCGGCGUCUUCGACGAAGCUUUGACAUCCCGCAUUCAGCUUGCGCUUCACUAUCCACCGUUAGAUAGGAACAGCCGUCGGAGGAUCUGGAAAAACUUGGUCCAAUCAAUUUCGGAGACUGGUGAGAACAUCAAUAAGGAACACAUUGACACGAAACUCAAAAUCAUCGCGCGGCAUAAAUUAAAUGGCCGAGCAAUCAGAAAUACGCUGAAUACAGCUCGCCAGUUGGCGCGGUACAAGAACGAAGCUUUGAGCCACGCGCAUAUAGAUCAGGCGCUUGGAGUCGUUAACGAACUUCUCACAUAUAUCGAAAGGACAAAGAACUAUGACGAACUUCGGAAUGCGUGGCGUCAAGGCUGGAGGAACGAUGAAGACUUCAUUAGGAAGGAAGUUAAGAAGAAAUCGAAAAGGGCAGUUAGCGAGUGCUCGGACAGCUCGGACAGUUCGGACAGUUCGCACAGCGCGGAUAGUUCGUCCUCUUCAGAUACCUCCUAA